AUAUAUUUGAGAUUAAACUAGACAAAGUCCCAAAUAGAUCACAUUAUCCAUUUAUAUUUAUUUAUAUAUAAAUAAUUAUCAUUUCCCCCAAAAAGAUAAAACUAAACAAAAUAAAAAACCUCUCUUUCUUCUUCUUCUUCUUCAACAAAAUCCUUCUGUAAAUGGCAAGAUCUGUCUCCCAAACCCUAACCCUAACCUUAGCACGUCACUUUACCCCCAAAUCCCCACACCCAUCGUCCUCCUCCAUCCUCCUAUCUCACAGAACCCAAUCCAGUUUGCCUUCUCAGCCCAACAACGAUCUCACCGACAUAAACGACGCCUCAUCUUCUUCCUCCGAUCCCCUUCUCACCAAGCUCGAAGACGCCAUCCACCGUAUUAUCGUGCGCCGAUCCGCUCCCGAUUGGCUCCCCUUUAGGCCUGGAUCAUCGUACUGGGUCCCUCCCCCGCGAUCCCGUAAGUAUGGGCUGACCCAGCUGGUUGAGAAGCUUGCUAAUCCUUUGACUGAGGAGGAAUCUAUGUCCACCACCACUGUUAGGGGUUGGCCUUCUUCCGAUUAUUUCGUUCAAGGUGCAUCCACACAUCAGAUAGAGUCAGUAGAGGAAAAUUCCAAUAAACUUUCUAAACCAGAGAAUGAUUAAGGAUUAUCAACCUACUUUUGUGGUCUUUCUGAAAAUUUGGCAUCUGGGGUGAGUUUUCUUAAUGUCUUUCUUGUUUAUAUAUAUAUAAUAGAACUUUGUGUUGUGUCAGAUUAGAGUCAAUAAUACUAAUAAUAAUAAUCAUGCUUCUGCUUGCUUGUGUUUGAAAUUGAAAAGGAAAGUUUACAUUGUUAUAAAGUUUGUGUUUCUUUGUUAGACCCCAUGAUUAAUAGGGUGAGAGAGAGACAAUAGCAAAUAAAAGGAUAUAUGGGUCUUUGUAUUAAGGGUAGAGUUUGAGAGGGAAUACAACAGUGUAUAUAUAUAUUUAUAUAAAGGAUACUAAAGAGAAUGGGAAGGUUAUGCAAUGAAUUGAGAGGUUAUCUAUGUCUAUGGAUCAUUUGUCUGUAAUUUCCUUGCUACAAUAUCAGAUUACAAUACAAAGCUUUCUCUAUUUUUGUGCUACUGCCCUUGUACAUUCUCUAUUGUUCUUGUUAGUCUCUAUCAUUCUUAAGGUGGGGUUUGGUUGGUUUUAUGUAAAGUAUUUAAAUGUCAUUCUUAUUCUAGCUAUGUUUUCAUUUCUUCCAACCAAACGACACUUAAUGUGAUGUUUGUUACGCGAGUUUGAGUUAGAGGGGAUUAACAUUACUACCAUUUUGACUUGAAAGUUUGUCAUUUCCAUUCCCAUCAAAUCUAAACCUCAUAUCAAACGUGGAGUAUUACCCAUCGGGCUAUAUCAUUCUUGUUCUGAUAUUAGGCUAGUGAUGCCAUUGAUAGCUUAAGAUCAUAUAACUUAACAAUAAGUAUAUAUAUACACAUUAUUCUAAUUAAUGAUGAUAUGUUGAAAAUGCAGGCUUAUCCAGACACACAGAGAGAGACUUGUAAAUUAAAUUAAUGUAGAAGAACAAGUUUUUUAAAAAGAAAAAAAAAAAACAAAGAGAGAAUGAGAA